UUUUUUCAAAGUGUAUAUGAAGUGAUGAGUCUUUCCUCCCAGUUUUUCAGAAAAAUCAUAAACGCCAAACUCUGUCUUUGAACGUGCACAGACCAGCUUUUACUUUGGAGGGCACCCUUUUCCCUUCCGGGGGGCGCAGCUGUCUGUGUACUUAUUCCACUCUGCCCUCCCUCCUUUGACUCCUCUCUUGCCCUGAAAGCAGCAGACCUCUGCAGCCAGCUUCUCCGAGGCGUUACGAACAGACAGUUAUUUCUCACCGCCAUGUCUUCUGGAAACGCUCAGAUUGGCAAACCUGCCCCGGACUUUAAAGCCACAGCCGUAGUGGACGGGCAGUUUAAGGACGUCAAGCUGUCCGACUACAGAGGGAAGUACGUGAUCUUCUUCUUCUACCCCCUGGACUUCACCUUCGUGUGCCCCACAGAGAUCAUUGCUUUCAGCGACAGGGCGGAGGAGUUCCGCCGGCUGGGCUGCGAGGUCAUCGGCUGCUCCGUAGACUCCCACUUCAGCCACCUGGCGUGGAUCAACACACCAAGGAAGCAGGGAGGCCUGGGACAGAUGAAAAUCCCGUUGGUGGCAGACCUCACAAAGUCCAUCUCCAGGGACUACGGCGUGCUGAAGGAGGAUGACGGCAUUGCGUACAGGGGGCUGUUUGUGAUCGAUGACAAAGGCAUCCUGAGACAGAUCACCAUCAACGACCUGCCCGUCGGGCGCUCUGUGGACGAGACUCUGCGCCUGGUCCAAGCCUUCCAGCACACCGACAAACACGGGGAGGUGUGCCCUGCUGGCUGGAAACCCGGGAGUGACACCAUCGUCCCCGACGUCGAGAAGAGCAAAGCCUUCUUCUCCAAGCAGUGAACGCGGAGGUCCUCUGUCCAGCUCCCGUACUGACCGCAGCACUCGCCUUCAGAUGAGGUGUCCCUAUAAAGCAGUAACCCAUGGCGUCCAGUCUAAUCCGUUAGAACAAAUUCCUUCAGCUUGUUUGGAAGAAAAUCCUGUCGCGGUUUUUUAUGUGCCGUCUACAAUCGGUGGGGCAACCUCAUAGUCUCAAGCACUGAAAGUCUAGUUUUGUUUUGUUUUUUCAAAGAAAGUGAUAUUUUUCCUUGCUGUCAUCAAUGAUUUGCUACCAUCUUUAUUAAAACUGGGAAAACUAUGGCUAAGCGCGUUUUCUGUCAGAUCUCACAUUCGUGUGACAGUCGUUCCAGCCUUGGCCUCCAGGUGGAGCCAGAUCUCCACUGAAUGGGUUCCAGUUUACUUGAAUUGGAGGUAGAAUUCCACGAAACGUUUGUGGAGCUGAUGGAGCCAAAGCUGCCGGCUCCUGGGCCUGGCAGAGGACCUGAGCGCAUCAGGGCUGCCAAGUCUUGGUUAAUAUUGGAGUCACUGUGGUGGCUGACUCAGCAUCCUGUUGUUGCCAAAUGGCUCUGAGGCUCAUUGGGAAAGAUGGGAUUUAUGAUUUAUAAAAACCCCGUUUGAAUCUCCCAGACUUAAAGUUGUAUUAGACAGUUAUAUUCCGUGUUUUGAAAUGAAUGAAACUGCCAUUUUUCUUACAGAUUUUUAUCUUUUCCCCCCAAUAAACCUGAACCCGGUGGAUAAAUCCACCUCAAUGCUUUAUUUUCCUGUUGUCGCAUGUGAUGAAUGGACUCAUUUCCAAGAUAAAUCCAGCCUCCCGGCUGUUUUGGCCUGUUUUGAGACCGGUUCUAGUCACUUCAAACAAGCUGCUCAGGCCAUACCACAUUUUUUUGAUGGCACGCCCUCUUACCGAGCAUCUUUCCUAAACUACUGCUCACGUCUUGUUUUGGGAAACUGAAACCAGAUUGUCGGUACGGGGGGGGGAAACUCCCUUCACUAGAAUAAACCGCUCAUUGACGAGGCCUCUGGUUGUGGUGUGAAGGG